AUGUUAUUAGAUAGCUUUGAGCCCAUCCAUGGCGUUCUUCUCUGUGAUGGAGAGGACAUUGAUCCGUCUCUCUAUGAGGAGGAAUCCUCUGCUCUUCCCCCAGAAGAGCUGGAAGAAAUCAGGAGGCUUCAUUCCAGCGAUACUGCUAUUGAUAAAGAAAAGGAUACGAUCGAGUUGAGGCUUGCAAAGCUUUGCCAAGAAAGGAACAUCCCCUACUUGGGAAUCUGCAGGGGUUCCCAGGUACUAAAUGUUGCAUGUGGGGGUACCCUUUUCCAAGACAUAGAGAAAGAAGUAUCAAAGAAUUGCCCCGAAGGGCAGAGAGUGAAGCACAUUGAUUAUGAUAAUUAUGAUGGGCAUAGGCUUGUGGUUAAGGUGGUGGAGAACACCCCCUUGAACCAUUGGUUCAAGGAUUCUUUGGAGGAAGGGAAAAUGGAGAUUUCAGUUAAUAGUUAUCAUCACCAAGGGAUUAAGAGAUUGGCCCAGCGCUUUGUACCAAUGGCAUUUGCGCAUGAUGGUCUAAUUGAAGGGUUUUAUGAUCCGGAUUCUUAUAAUCCUGAAGAGGGUAAAUUUAUUAUGGGACUCCAGUUUCAUCCUGAGAGAAUGAGGUGGUCGGAUUCUGACCAAUUUGAUUAUCCAGGAUGCCCAUCUGCUUACCAGGAAUUUGUGAAGGCGGUUAUUGCUUACCAGAAAAAGGUUAACAUCACAACAUCAGUGCCAAAGCACCAAAAGCUCGAUCAAGAAAUAUUGGAGAAGAAAAGGAAAAGUAUCAUUCGUAGUUUCUCAAUUGCAAGGAAUAUAUACACAACUGGCCGUGAGAUGGCUCCCUGGAAAGAAUCUGAACUCGAAGCUGGAGCAGAAUUUCUUGAGUCAAACACAGCAAUGAGUUUGCAACAAGAGAAUAGGUUGAAGCAGAUGGGUGCAACAGUGAGGAAUGCAGGCUCCUACAUAGAGAGAUUGAAGUUGAAUGGGGAGAAAGAAAAGCUGGCAAGGAGUGUGAUGGGGAAAAUGUCGGUAGAACAGUUGUCUGAUAUGAUGUCUUUCUACCACAUGAUGGGGCAGAUAUGUUCAGAAGUGUUGGAAAGAAAGCUAAAUGGCAUCGUCAAUGACCUUGCUUCUUGA